AUGCAGCAGCACUUGAGCGGCGACACCGAGCAGAGGAGCGGUAAGCGCCAGUCGAUCGGCAAAAGGAAGCUUUCUGAUCAAGGGGAGUCGUCGCAGCCGUCGCAAAGGACGCUUUCGGAGCUACUGGUCAACAACAGCAACCAUCACGACCACCGCACUUCGUGGCAGAACUCUUCCUCGUCCAACAAGCGGUCCCGCUUCUCGCACUCGCCUUCUCCCUCGCACUCGUCCUCGACAGCCUCUCAACCAGUCCCGCCCAGCAAGAUGUACAACUUCUCCGGCUCGCCACCCAAGAACAAAGCCGCGUUUGGUCGGAGCGUGCCGGGAUCGGAGGCUGCUUCUUCGGUCAAACCCAAACCAUUCAAGGCCGGUGUUCGCCAAGUCCAGAACCAAUCCACUCAGUACAGUCCCGUCGUGGGCUCGAAGAAACUCGUCGUCAAGAACCUUCGGUCCGGAGCGCGAUCCACCCACGAGCCAUACUUUGAGAAGGUCUGGUCGAAGCUCGAUGCGGCUUUGACGGCCGUUUUCGAGGGCAGGGAACCGGAAACCUCUCUAGAAGAAUUAUACAAAGGAUCCGAAAAUGCGUGUCGUCAAGGACAGGCGCCUGCGCUGGCGAAGAAACUCCAAGACCGAUGCAAAGAGCACGUGGCUGGGAAACUUCGCCCAAAUCUCGUGACAAGGGCCGGCGGUGGGACCGACGUUGAUACAUUGCGGGCAGUGAUUGAGGCGUGGACUGCGUGGAAUACAAGACUAAUUACUGUUCGCUGGAUUUUCUACUAUUUGGAUCAAUCGUUCCUCAUGCAUACCAAAGAAUAUCCGAAUCUCCGUGAACUUGGACUCAACCAGUUCCGCUCUCACAUCUUCUCCAACCAAACCCUCAAACCCAAGAUCCUCCAAGGUGCUUGCGACUUGAUUGCUGCUGACCGGGGGGCCAGAACUGGUAUCAUGGCCGACUCGCCUUUGCUCAGGAAUUCCAUAGAACUUUUCCACAGCCUCGACGUCUACGCGAGUGAUUUCGAGCCCGUGUUUUCUGCUCAAUCGCAAAUCUUCCUGACCUCAUGGGCCCAGGAACAAGCAUCAGGGCCCUUGGCGUCAUAUGCAGAGAACAGCCACCGUUUAAUUGAACGUGAAGUGGAACGGUGUGGGCUGUAUUCCCUCAACCGGAGUACGAAACAAAAGCUUUCCGAAAUCUUAGAUCAGACUCUGGUCUCAGAACAAGAGGCGGUCCUCCUGAGCGAAAAAGAUAUCCUUGGUCUGAUGCGAGCCGAGAACAAGACCGCAUUGAAACAACUCUACGGUCUGCUUGAGCGACAAUAUCGCGGUGUCCAAUUGAAAAAUGCCUUCAGCAGUUACAUUGUCGAGGAGGGCUCGGGUAUCGUAUUCGACGAAGGCGAAGACGUUGAAAUGGUCCCCCGCCUACUCCAGUUCAAACGGCAGCUUGAUGAUAUCUGGAGAGAUGCGUUUGAUCGGAAUGAGAAGCUGGGUCACACUCUGCGAGAGGCCUUUGGCCACUUCAUGAAUCUUGGCAAAAAGACGGAAUCCACUGGUGGCACUGACAACCCGAAGACGGGCGAGAUGAUCGCCAAAUAUGUGGACCGGCUGCUCAAAGGCGGUUGGAGGAUACCGCCAAGUCAGAGUUCGAAACUGGAGCAACUGGCCGAUGAGGAUGCAGAGAUCGACCGACAGCUGGAACAGGUGCUCGAUCUAUUCCGAUUUGUGCAUGGCAAGGCGGUCUUUGAGGCAUUCUACAAGAACGAUCUUGCGCGGCGCCUGUUGAUGGGCCGCAGUGCAAGUGAUGUGGCAGAAAAGAACAUGCUGGAUCGUCUCCAAAAAGAAUGCGGAACCAACUUCACCCACAACCUCGAGUCGAUGUUCAAGGACAUUGACGUGGCCCGUGAUGAGAUGGCUGCCUAUAGUUCGCUACUGCGUGAGCGAGAUCGGAAGUACCGCCCGCCGGUGGAUUUGCAUGUCAGUGUGCUUGGUGCCUCGGCGUGGCCGACCUACCCCGAUGUUCCUGUGCGCAUCCCAUCGAACCUCGCGGCCUCAAUUCACGACUUUGAGAAGUUCUAUCACAAUAAGCACACGGGCCGGAAACUCAGCUGGAAGCACCAAUUGGCGCAUUGUCAGCUGCGGGCGUGGUUCCCCAAGGGGUACAGGGAGCUGGUGGUCAGUUCCUUCCAGGCGAUUGUACUGCUUCUGUUCAAUGAUAUCCCCCCGACGAGAGCCUGCGCUAUCCGCAGAUCAAGGAGGCAACGGGACUCUCGAACGCUCCAAUCGCUUGCAUGUGCCAAGUACCGGGUAUUGACCAAAGACCCCAAGGGCAAGGAGGUGGCGCCGACGGACGAAUUCUCGUGGAAUGCUGGAUUCACCGACCAGAAGAUGCGCAUCAAGAUCAACCAGAUUCAGCUCAAGGAGACCAAAGAAGAGAACAAGAUUACGCACGAGCGGGUCGAGGCGGACCGACGCUACGAGACGCAGGCAGCCGUUGUGCGGAUUAUGAAGAGCCGCAAGGUGAUCAAACACUCCGAAUUGAUUGCCGAGGUGAUUGAGGCCACACGCAGUCGGGGCACACUGCAACCUACCGAGAUCAAGACGGAGAUUGGAAAACUGAUUGAGAAGGACUACAUGGAGCGAGCCGAAGGGAACCAGUACAAGUAUGUGGCAUAG